AUGAUUGGAGUUGAACACCGGUACAAUCCAAUGGAAAAAGAAUGUUUUGCCUUGGUUUUCGCCAUUCAAGAAAUGCGGCAUUAUUUAGUGGGACAGACUAUUCACGUUAUCUCCAAAGUGAACCCUUUGAGAGUUCUUAUGACAAAGCCUUCUUCCCUAAAUUGUCAUCUUGUAAAGUGGGCGAUACUUCUGUCGCAGUAUUCAAUACAUUUCAUGCCUCAGAAGGCUGUUAAAGGCCAAGCCUUGACAGACUUAUUAGCUGACCAUCCGGUGCCUGAUUCUUCCAGAUUAUAUGAAGACUUACCAGACGAAGUUGUAGAGGCUUACGUAACUCAAGGAGUCAUGCAAGUGUGGAAGUUAUUCUUCGACAGUGAAUCUAGAGCAAGUCCUGAUGGAGGAAUCAUAGCCAGUGUGGGGGUUGUGCUCGUAUCCGCAACUAGUCAGGUGAUCCCAAGAGGAUUUUCCUUAUUCAAGCCAUACACUAUCAAUGUAACGGAGUAUAAUGCUUUGCUACUAGGAAUGCAGCAGGCCGAGGAGCUCAACAUCCAAUACCUUGAAGCCUACUGUGAUUCUCAACUCAUCGUAAAUGAAGUUCAAGGAGAAUAUGAAGUGUAUAAUGAGGAUUUGGUCCUAUACCACUUUGCAGCACUAAAGUUAGCUUAA